AUGUCCGAACGAAGAACCAGGCGGCAGGCCGCUUUGGCAGCAGCGGCAGCAGCAACAGGAACACCUACGGCUGAUGAGGCUAACGACACUCUUACCAACAUCAGUCAGCACGAAGCUACUAUAAACGGCAACGACAAUGCUAAUAAUAUCAACAAAGUCGGUAGUAACGGCAAUGUCAUUGCAUCAUUAGAUCCUAAGGUUGAUAACUAUCCGAAGGAAAAUAUCUUCUUAUUUUGGCCUAAUAUUAUAGGCUACUCUCGUAUCGUUCUAGCUAUCGCAUCCCUCUACUAUAUGCCCCUUCACCCGCGGACAUGUUCUAUACUUUAUAGUAUCUCGUGCCUCCUCGACGCCCUCGAUGGCUAUGCGGCUCGUUAUUUUGAGCAAUCGACCAAAUUCGGCGCUGUAUUGGACAUGGUAACAGAUCGAUGUACUACCUCAUGCUUACUCGUCUUCCUAUCCUCCGCCUUCCCGCGAUGGGCGAUCGUAUUCCAAGGGUUGAUUACGAUAGAUUUCGCAAGUCACUAUAUGCAUAUGUACGCUACAUUGGCUAUGGGUGGUUCGGAGACUAGCCACAAGAACGUAGACAAGUCACGCAGUUGGCUACUGAAUCUUUACUAUACCAAUAAGGUCGUUCUCUUCGUUUGCUGCGCCCUUAACGAAAUUUUCUUUAUCGCAUUGUAUCUACUAUCUUUCUCCUCGCCACUUUUGUCGCCACAGCUCCUCGAACCCCUCGGCGAGUCGAAAGCCGCUGCUAUCCAGACUGGGGCACAAGUUAAUAGUUCAGUCCUUCGACAGCUAUUCACUAACCCUUAUAGCGCCGGUGCCCUGGAGAUGGCCCGCGCAAACAAGAUGGAUUCGACUUUCCCUUGGAUCCUUGCUGGAGUCAGCGCCCCGAUCAUGGCAUUGAAGCAAUUCCUAAAUAUCCUCCAGCUCGUCAAAGCAAGCAGGUGGCUAGCCGAAGGUGACGUAAAGUCGAGAAGAGCGGCUGGUUUACCGAGGCAAAAGGGCGGGAAGCGUGCUUAA